AGGAAAGAGUUGCAUUGUUUAGGAAAGAGUUGUACUUCAUCAAAUUCUUCAAAAAGCUCUCGAAAGAAAGCAUCCUAUUGGGAUUCUUCGAUUGAUAGUGAAAUGAGGAAGCAAUGGCGUAGAAAGGCAGCGAGAAGGUACUGUGAUUUUGUUAGCACAAUAAAAGGUGAGGGGAUUCGGCUAGCUUAUGUUCUGAAAGAAACACGGGAAAGUUGGAAGAAAUAUUGGGAAGAUCCUAAGGUUGUUGAAAAAUCGAAAAUAGCUUCAAAGAAUCGUCGUGGCGGUGAGGAUGCAGUUGCUAGUGGGACUCACACGGGCGGAUCUAUUUCCAUCGGAGAGCAUCACAAGAGACUUGCUAUUAAAAACGGUCGAGAUCCAACACCAAGUGAGGUAGAUUUGCACGACCAUACACACGGUCAUGAUGAAAAAUCUUUUGUUGGUGAGCGAGCCGAAUCGUGCAUGAAAAAUAUCAAGAAAUACUACAAAAUCAAUCACAAACUCAAUCGAAGUUGAUCAAUGUCAAGCCUAUUACGAAGCCAGUAGGAGGGUAAAGAAAAGAAGAAUAUAUGGUCUUGGAUCUCAAGCACACUUAUAUUAUGGGCCGAA